UGAUCGACAGAAAGUAAAGACUACAGCCAUCUAACGGUGUACAAAAUAAAUCAGAUAAAUCAAAAUUAUCUAAUAAAAUUGUACGUUAUGGAACGUUAUGAAAUUUGUUGCUGUUUUAUCAUCUCAGACACGUAUUGAUGCAUUUGGGACGGAAGAACGUCUACCCCUUGAUGAUGAUGUUCAUGUCGCUGCUUUACACGUUUUUCAACGGAAGUGCGGCGGAGGCACGAGCGACUACGAUGAUCUAGUGACAUUUUUCAAUAUAUUAACGCCUUGCGCGUUUUUUGAGCUCUUAUUACGCAACUGCGAAGAAAGUUUGAAAAACGAACAUUUAUCAAAAUGUAAGCUGCUUAUUUUUUCGGACGAAAAUAUUACAAUUAUAACUUACAGUCAGGUUCAUUUGGAUGAGGAACAUGAGUUAUUAGUUGUUGUAUCAUUUUUAUCAUGAUAUUUGUUUCUUACUCGAUCAGAACAUCUCGAAACAUAUCAUGUUUCUUUCCAUUGUUGAGGCUUCCUAUUGCAACGUAUUCCAAGAGCGUUACGUCAGCCUUAAAAAAGUCACCUGCGCUGAGACAACGUGGUUCGGUUGCUGCAAAGAUUUUGCAACCUCGAACAGUAUCUCCGGAAAUAACAUCGAUUCGUGAGAGAGAAACACCAAUUGUCGUCAACAAUGAAUCAGAAAUCAUUGUACAAAAGGUAUCUAAUGAAAAGGAGCCGGAAUGGAGGUGUAUGGAGUUGGAUUCUACCAAGCUACAGAAACAUUGUCUCAUGCUAUCCAAAAUAAGAUUAACAACAUUGGUUAUCACGACGACCAUGGCAGGAUAUAUUUUAGCCCCUCAAUCUUUUGAUCCAUACACAUUUGCAAUGUGCUCCCUGGGCACUGGCUUACUUUCGGCAACUGCGAAUGCUAUCAAUCAAUUUUUUGAAGUUCCUUUCGAUGCGCAAAUGUCAAGAACAAAAAACAGAGUGUUGGUUAGAGGUUACAUGACGCCUGCGCAUGCUGUGAUAUUUGCCACAAUGUCUGGUAUCAGUGGGUUAUGUUUACUUUACAGCGAAGUAAAUGGUCUGACUGCAGCAUUGGGUGCAACUAAUUUGUUUCUUUACACUUUAAUUUACACUCCUAUGAAACGAAUUAGUAUACUGAAUACAUGGGUUGGAUCUGUUGUAGGAGCUAUACCACCGCUAAUGGGUUGGGCAGCUUGUACCGGCGAUAUUACGACGCCUGCCGCCUGGAUUAUGCCUGGUAUACUGUAUGCUUGGCAGUUUCCUCAUUUCAACGCUCUGUCAUGGAAUUUACGACCAGAUUAUUCUCGAGCUGGUUAUCGAAUGAUGGCCGUUACAGAUCCAAAUCUAUGCCGUAAAACAGCCUUACGCUACACAGGGAUAUUAAUGGGUCUUUGCUGGUUGGCGCCGAUAUUAAAUGUAACAAAUUGGUGGUUCGCCUUGGAGUCGACGCCGCUGAACGCAUAUUUCCUUUACUUAGCGCAAAAUUUUCAUAAACAUUCAGACAGUGCAAGUUCACGGAAACUCUUUCAUUUCUCGCUGAUUCAUUUACCAAUACUUAUGGUACUUCUACUUGUAAAUAAAAAGUACUGGUUCACCGACAAAGCACAAGAUACGCUAAUGAACGAAGAAAAGCAAAAUGAAUUUGCUAUUCUGCAGCGAAUGACAAAGUUGAUCGCAUCGACAUCUUAACCACUCUAAAACGAUCUAUUUUGUGCCACUUUUGGACGUGAUAAUCACGAGUCAUUGAAAUACUCUGUCGUUAGAAACACUGUCGAAAUAGGAAUCUGUCAAGCGGUUACCGACAAAGUAUUUUGUAAAAUAGUGUAAUGUGUAAAUAAAAAUAGUUAUUUGUUACAGCUGUUGAUCAUUGAAUUCAACAAGUACAAUUCAAUCGCAAUAAAAACAAGA